AGUAUAAUUCCUGUUCGUGUAUGCAGCACGCGUAUAGCUUCGUUCAAAACAAAAACUACUGGGAGCUAUUUGUUGAAAUUGCCGCUGUUUUCGUGAGAUGGUUAGUGCCGUUUAUCUCCUGGCAUUUUUCGUUGGGGACCUAGUGAAGGGGUACUAUCAAGAGGACAACAGACCAAGGUAUUUGACAGCCGCUGUUGGAGAAGGUGUAGUGCUGAACUGCGAUAUUGACUUCCCACAAGAUUUUCAAAUACCGUAUAAACUACUAUGGAAAAGGAGAGGCGAAGUGAUAUACUCGUGGCAGGACGGCAUCACAACAGAGUCCGAUGAUUAUGUCGGCAGAAUAUCCCAAGUGAGCAAGCAUCAGCAGCGCCUCUACGGUCUCGCCUCGAUCAACCUAACCUCAAUUCGUGAAUCGGACGCCGGCUGGUUCGAAUGCAGGGUCUUAUUCCCAAACCGAACACCUCGAUCAAGAAAUAACGGAACCUGGUUCCAUCUGACUGUCAGUGGUGGAAACCUUCUGGCAAUUCCUCCUAUAAAUAAAACGGUGACAGAGGGAGAUGAAGCUCAGUUCGCAUGUUUGACCAAAGACUACGAAAUCAAGGUAAGGUGGUUUAAAGAUGGCAUACCGCUCACAGAGUACACUGAUCUGAUGACCAGAUCCUGGGUAACCAAAGAAAACACCCUGACGAUACGCCCCACCAAUUCUGGGGACAUUGGCGAGUACGAAUGUGAGGCCUCGAACUAUGAGGGGGAGAAGCAGACUGCCAGGGCUUUUUUAAACGUCCAGUACAGAGCAAAGGUUGUGUACGCUCCACCAGAGAUUCAUCUGCCCUUCGGCCGUCCAGCACUCAUCGACUGCCAUUUCCGGGCGAAUCCACCCCUGACCAACCUACGAUGGGAGAAGGAUGGUUUCUUGUUCGACCCUUAUAACAUCCAGGGCGUAUUCUAUAGGCGUAACGGUAGCCUAUUCAUCAGCAAGGUGGACGAGACACAUAGCGGCACAUACACCUGCACCCCUUACAACGAUUUGGGCAGCGACGGUCCAUCAACCAACAUGCACGUGUUGGUUCAAAGGCCACCUGUUUUCGUGCGCACGCCUCAUAACCUAUACUUGAAGAAAUUGGGCGAGACCAUCGAACUGCCGUGCGACGCUAGGGACGACGAUGACGGUCACAAGCCGAACAUCGUGUGGUACAAGAAAGAUGGUAUGUCACUUCCCAUGGGCCGAUACUCAAUCAAAGAGGGAAACCUCACCAUCUUCGACAUUCAAUCCGAUGACAAAGGAAUCUACCAGUGCACAGCGACUAACAAAGCAGCUACGAUCGUAGCAGAAACGGAACUUCUGGUGGAAAAUGUCCCGUCCAGCGCCCCCUACAAUUUGACGGCCAUAUCGUCGGCCAAUUCCGUCCAUUUGACUUGGCUCAUCGGUAGGCAAAGAGUCAAUGUAGAUUUCAGUAUUUGGUACAAGAGGAGGGACAAUACUGAAUGGAAGACGUUUCCGGUACCGACCACCAAAGUUCUGGAGGCUACAAUCACCAAUUUAGAACCAGCCACCGAAUACGAAUUCAUGGUCCUCUGCAAAGACGACUAUGGCGACGGUCUCUUCAGCAAAUCUAUCUUGGUGUGGACCAAACACUUAGAGGGAGAACCGGAGCGAUUUAACGGCAACUUGCCCCCCGUGGGAUACCCCCGAAACAUCACUGUACGCCCCACAGAUACGGGACUGCUGGUGGCCUGGCAACGACCCGAAUACGGAUUGGAAUUCCUCAAGCGGUACCAAGUCAGGUGGACCCAGAGGCCGGACGACUACAUAUUCGGGUCAGCAGAUACAACCAAUACUACGUAUCUAAUUACCAACCUAUCUGAGGGUACGGAAUACGAUAUACAAGUGGUAGCAUUAUCCAUCGACGAUCAGCAGUCGGUGAGCGGUAAAGUGAUUGGCGUUUUUCCUGGUUACAAGAGCAUAAGAGCUGUGGCUACAGGAAUAAUUGCAGGUUUGGCCUUUCUGGGGACAGCAUUUGUUGCUGUUUAUUACGCCAAGAGGAAGUGGUGUAGGCCGUACCAAACAGCUUUGAAGAAUUGACAUAACAUAGCAAAUUUUAUGAAACACUUCAGCAGCUAACCUUGAAGCUAAUACACAUAAUUGUAUAUCAUUAGAGAUCCGUUCAUUAGGGAAGGAACAGGAAUUUUCAUCAUUAGAUACUUACUUCAUUCAACGAAAUUUGGUAUUUAUUGUCACCUACACCUUUGAUAACAUUGAAAUACCUCAAAACUCGUCCAAUUUUAACAACCUGAAGAAUACUACACAAAGCUUCUAGGAAAUUGAUUCAUAAAACACUUCUGAAUAGAAUAGUAGAAUGAAGGGACUAUCCUACUACUAUAAUAUCAUUUCAAGUUUGGAUACAAAUUAUCAAGAUACACCGAUACACGAUUUACAUUUUGUUAUUUUUCACGAAAAUGAUUCUACUUGAUAAACUUGCAAUCAGAAUGUGUGACAUGAUUAAUAUAAUAUAUCACAAUGCCUUACAUUGUUUGUUAUCAAUAAUACACUGUUUUC